UCAUAUCAGUUGGAGCAUGGACAAAUUUUGCAGCCAACGAUUAUUCCAAACAUUUCCCUGGUAUAACAUGUAGACUGUUGACUUUUUCAGCCAAUUUCAAUAUGCCACUUUAUCGUGAAUAUUUGAUGGCUCAAGGUGUCGCGUCUGUAGGACCAGGUCAUUCAGUGAUGAUUGUGAUUGGAGGAGCAGGGUUUAUUAAGUUGGCCACACGAUGUGGUGCUUGUCUGGUACUUGUUUUUUCAUUUGGUGAAAAUGAUAUUUGGGAACAGGCUAAUAAUCCUAGGGAAGAUGAUAUCAGGGUUCUUCCACAUAGAAGACAAAUUACAACUGUUGUUGGUAAACCAAUUGAAGUCAAACAAAAUGCUAAUCCAAGUGAUGAAGAGGUUUUUAAAGUCUAG